GGUGGCAGCUUAAAAAAAGACAUUUUAGGCGCACAAAGCAGAACAUCUGACUGUUUCCCGUGUUCACAUCGGACCACGAACAAUGUAACGUACUUCCGGUGCUUGUUUGGCUGGCAAUUUGAAAUGUGUACAAUGUAAAAUCGUGUUGUUUUCAUAGAUUUAAUGGCAAUCUUAUUAAAUGACACAUCCCAAAUCACUACCGCAAGAGUCCUAUAGUGACAUAUACGAGUUUAACGUGACUUUCUAGUCUCUAUACUAUGUUUAAAAGGAUGGCUGAAUUUGGACCAGAUUCCGGGGGUAGAGUGAAGGGUGUUACGAUCGUCAAACCCAUCGUAUUCGGAAACGUUGCUCGGUAUUUUGGAAAGAAGCGAGAGGAGGAUGGUCACACUCACCAAUGGUCUGUGUAUGUGAAACCAUACAGAAACGAGGAUAUGUCUGCAUAUGUGAAGAAAAUACAGUUCAAGCUACAUGAAAGUUAUGUGAAUCCACUCAGAGUCGUGACCAAGCCUCCGUACGAGAUCACAGAGACGGGCUGGGGAGAGUUUGAGAUCAUCAUCAAGAUAUUUUUCAUCGACCCCAAUGAGAGGCCGGUGACUCUCUACCACCUACUGAAGCUCUUCCAGUCAGACUCCAGUGCCAUGCCCAAGAAGACAGUGGUCUCUGAAUUCUAUGAUGAAAUGAUCUUCCAGGACCCCACAGCCAUGAUGCAGCAGCUCCUUAGCACCUCUAGACAACUGACCCUGGGGGCCUAUAAGCACGAGACUGAGUUUGCGGAGCUGGAGCUGCGGACGCGGGAGAAGCUGGAAGCAGCGAAGAAGAAGACCAGUCAGGAGAUCACAGACCUGAAGGAUAGACUGAAGGCCAGCAGAGAGACCAUCAACUUCCUGAAGGGAGAGAUACGCAAGCUGGAGGAGGAGGACCAGAUCAAAGACCACUGAUAUACACACACUGGGUGAAUCUCAAUUGUAUUUUCUUGAUUCCUCAUACCUUCUCUCCUUGCAUCCUUCUCAAAACUCAUUGGAACACAAGAUGUGAGGUUCCUUGCCUUGGAUCUUCUCUUCCUAUGUGUUCUGAGAAGGAGAUGAGAGAGGACACAAUGAAUCAUAGAUAUACAAUUGAGAAACACCCUAAAUUCCAAAUCAACCUAUAGGCCAUCUUCCCUAGGCACCCCUGUAGAUCUGAAGGGUUUGUAUAGGUGGAUGCAAUAUGGUACUUGUGACUCACCUUGUCUUCUGAUUUCUGAUAGGCUGGAUGGAGUUUACGCCUUUUUUCUUCCAGCUAUCCAACCCCUUCAGAGCAAAUGGAGGUGCUAGGGAGGAGGGGCUAGGGAUGGAUUUGGAAUUGCCCUCGUCUGGAAUCCACACAGAAUAUCUCCGUUUUAUGAUUGUUUAAUUCUAUAAUAUAAUAUCUGCCAUUUCUCAGAUGUUUUCAUCCAAAGUGACUUAGUCAUGCGUGCGUACAUUUGUGGUACGGGUGGUCCCUGGAAUGGACUCCACUAUCCUGGCAUUACUAGCACCAUGCUCACCCUGACAGAGGACCUCAACAUCAUUGUUAUGGAUGACGUAACAUUGCACUAACAAUAGAGAAAUGUAGAGGUAUUCAGUUUGAAUUCCAGACUUAACACUGCCUAGCAGAAUGGUUUUAUAUGAUCAUGUACAUAACAAGAAAACUGAAGAUAAUCAAUGUUAGUUUCUCUCCAUCUCAGUUCAACUCAGAUUUACCACAGAUGGCUCUCAGUGCAACAAGUCACAUUUUGGUAGACUGGUCUGAAUGUGAAUAGGUUUUGUGCUUCUGUUUUUUGAAUGUAAUUUUUAUGUAAAACUCAAACCAGUUUUUCUUUGAUUUCUCCUAUGUACAAAAUGAUUAGAACGCGACCGUAGAACUGAUGGAUGAAACAUGUGUUACAGAUGCUCUUCAGGGUUAUUUGCAGAUGAUUGUUUUGUCGAAGAUUGAUCUCUUCAACACAUCUGUAAAUCCUGGACAUGCCAUUGCCAACUAUCUCAGUAUCAAUACAUGUGUCAACCCUUUUGAUAGGAGUUCAGGUCUUGAUCACCAUUUAGAUAAAGGAUAGAGAACGGCA